ACCUCAGGGACCCCUAAAAGCACCCCAGGGACACACCUGGCACCCCAGGAACCCCCCCUUGCACCUCUGGGAUCCCCAUCACAGGGUGGGGACCAGGGACCCCUAAACACACCUCAGGGAUCCCUACUGAAACCCCAGGGCCCCCCCGCAUUUCUAGAUCCUUGAACCCCCAGACCCCAAUGCACCCCAAUGUCUGUAGCCUAAGAGACACCCCAGACCCCAAUAGCCCCCCUAGACCUCCGUAAGCCCCCCAGACUGCAAUACACCCCCCAUCCAAUGCCCCCCAGCACCCUUAUAACCCCCCCAGAACCCAGUAUCCCAGACUCUGACACACCCCAAUCCCUGCAGCCCCCCAGGGUCCCCCCAGCCCCCUAUAACCCUCCAGAUCCCAAUAUGCCCACAGACCCUGAUGUACACCAGUCCCUGCAGCCCCUCUGAGCCCCUCCAUAGACCCCCCAGCUACCCAAAUUCACUAGUACAACCCAGUACAGCCCACUGGAGACCGGUAUAACUCAGUACUUCCCCUGAGGAACCAAAACCAGGAUCCCCCCAGGACAGGGCAGGAUGUACGCCCCACUGCUGGUGACACUGGUGACACUGAUGACAGUGCCCACGGGCGUCUCUCCCUACGGCUUCCGCAACUGCAUCCAGGCUCCGUGGGACCCAGGGCUGUUCCGCUGCGUCCAGCGCUUCCUGACCACCGUGGGGGCUGCCGUGGGUGACCUCCCCCCCAACACCACCUCCCUCAACCUCUCGGUCAACACCCUGCACCAGGUGCCCCCUGAUGCCUUUUCCCACCUCCCGCGGCUCCGCACCCUCGACCUGACCCACAACCGGCUGGAGUUGCUAGCCCGGGGGGCUUUCCGGGGGCUGCUGGCACUGGCCCAGCUGGACCUGGCCCACAACCACCUGUCAGUGCUGCCCACGGGGGUCUUCACCGGGCUGGGCAACCUGAGCACGCUGCGGCUGGACCACAACCCACUGCUCGCUGUGGCCCCGGGGGCCCUGCGGGCGCUGCCUGUACUGGCCACACUGCGGCUGCGGGGGGGCCGGUUGAGUGCCCUGGGCCCCGUGGCCAUGGCUGUGGGGCACCUUCCCCGCCUGGAUCUGCUCGACCUGUGUGGCAACACCCUGUCAGCACUGGCACCGGGGCUGCCACCUGCACUGAGAGUCCUGCUGCUCUGCAACAACUCCCUGGGGACUCUGUCAGGGGCGGCCCCAGAGGUGCUGCCCGAGGGGCUGCGGGUGCUCGACCUGUCCUACAACAACAUCUCGGACCCAGCGCCCCUCGUCCGGCUGCGCCUGCACAACCUGACACGGCUGCACCUGGCUGGGAACCCACUGGACGUGGCACGGCUGCUGAGGGUGGUACCCCCGCGCUGCGUGGACGUGUCAGGCCUGCAGGUGGGCGCGGGGGGCUUGACCGAGCUGUGCCAGCACCUUGUGGGGCCGUGGCUGCGGCGGCUGCAACUGCGGCACACAGGGCUGGCAGCGAUGCCUGCCAAUGCACUGGCUGACUGCCCGGUACUGGGUGCCCUGGACAUAUCUGGCAACCGGCUGCAGAGUUUGGGCUGCGUGGAGCAGCUGCUGGGCCUGGCACAGCGCGCGGCACUGGGUGAGCUGGUGGCCGAGCACAACCUGCUGCGGUGGCUGCCGUCGUGCCACAGGGCCCCAGUGCUGCGGCGGCUCCACAACGUGUCCCUGCGCUUCAACCGCAUCCUGGUGGUCGGUCCCCGUGCCUUCGCCAACACUCCGGCACUGCGGCGGCUGCGGUUGGAUGUGAACGGGCUGGCGCGGCUGGACCGUGCGGCGCUGUGGGGACUCCACGACCUGCGGCACCUGCGACUCGACAACAACCUGCUCACCGACCUCCUGCCUGGCUCCUUUGCCGACCUGCACCGGCUGCGUGAUCUCAACCUGCGCAACAACCGCGUGGCUGUGCUCUUCCCCGGCGCCUUCAGGGGGCUCAACCGCCUGCAGACCCUUGACCUGGGUGGCAACAACCUGAGACACUUGGCGGCCGCCGCGCUCCAGGGGCUGCCCCAGCUGUGCCGGCUCUACCUGGACCGCAACCGGCUGCUGGAGGUGAGCGAGGCAGCGUUCCGGCCAGUGCAGACCACGCUGGGCGUGCUGGAUCUGCGCGCCAACGCGCUGCGCUACCUGAGCCGGCGCCCGCGGCAGCCGCCACCCUUCCGCCACCUGCACCGGCUCUAUGACCUGAAGCUGCAGGCGCAGCAGCCGUACGGGCUGCGCGUGGUCCCACAUCACUUCUUCCAGGGCUUGGGUGCCCUGCGCUCGCUGUACCUGUCACAGAACGCGCUCUCGGCUGUGCCUGCCGAUGCCUUCGACGACCUGGCGCAGCUACGGUACCUGACGCUGGCCGACGGCAGUGGUGGGAUGGGUGCCCUGCCUGCUGGCGUCUUCAAGAACAUGAGCCGCCUGCGCAGUCUGGACCUGGAGAGCGCGGGGCUGCGUGGGCUCGGCCCCGAGGUCUUUGGCAAUCUGACGCAACUGGAGGAACUGCGCCUGGCCAAGAACGAGCUGCGCGGGCUGGACACAGCGCUUACCACACGCCUACCCGCCCUGCGCUACCUAGACCUGCGCAAGUGCCCGCUGAGCUGCAGCUGUGCCAACGUCUGGCUGCCGGCCUGGCUGGCACAGGGACCUGUGCAGGUGGUCUACCUGUACAACUACACCUGUGGCGAGGCGGGUGGGGCCCCAGCAUACCUGCACAGCUUUGACACACGUGUGUGCUACCUUGACAUGGGGCGAUACCUGUUCGCAGGGACAGCACCGGCCGUGCUGCUGCUGCUGGCGCUGCCGCUGCUGCACCACCGCGGGUACUGGCGGCUGCGCUACCACCUGUACCUGCUGCGGGCGUGGGCGCGUGGGCGCUGGCAGCGGGAGCGGCGCCGCUAUGCCUACGACACCUUCGUGUCCUACAACUCUGCGGACGAGCGCUGGGUGCUGGAGGAGCUGGUGCCCGAGCUGGAGCACGGGGCCCUGCGGCUCUGCCUCCACCACCGCGACUUCCGCCCCGGCCGCGCCAUUGUGGACAACAUCGUGGAUGCCGUGUACAACAGCCGGCGCACGGUGUGCGUGGUGAGCCGCGGGUACUUGCGCAGUGAGUGGUGCUCGCUGGAGAUCCAGCUCGCCAGCUACCGCCUCUUCGACGAGCUGCGUGAUGUCCUUGUGCUCGUCUUCCUCGAGGACAUCCCUGAGGCUGAGCUCUCAGCCUUCCACCGCAUGCGCCGUGUGCUGCUGCGCCGCACCCACCUGCGCUGGCCCAGCGAGCCUCUUGCCCGGCCUCUCUUCUGGGCCAAGCUCAGGGGUGCCCUGAGUGGUGGGGAUGAGGAGGAGGAGGACAGGGAGAGGGAGAGAGGCACAACGGGGAUCCCCAGAGAGGUUCCCCCUCAGAACAGCAGCUUUCUGCCCCCAGUUCUCUCUGGGGAAUGUGCCCUGAGCAGUGAGGAGAAAGAGGAGGAGGAGGGGGUGGUCAGGGACGAAGGCUGUCCUGACAUGACUGGGAUCCCUGGGGGGAAUCCCCCUCAGAAAAACAGUUUUGUGCCCCAAAAUCACUGGGUUUCCUCUGGGGAAUGUGCCCUGGGCAGUGAGGAGGAGGAGGACAUGGAGAGAGGGGAGAAGGAGGAAGGAUGUCCUGGCAUGACCAGGACCCCCAGGGAGGCUCCCCCUCAGAAAAGCAAUUUUCUGCCCCCAGCUCACUGUUUUUUCUCUGGGGAAUGUGCCCUACACAGGGAGGAUGAUGGCAAGGAGGGGGAGUGGGAGGAGGAGGAGGAAAGCUCCAAGUGGGAAAUGUACCCUGUGCAGUGGGGACAAUGGUGAGGAGGAGGAGGAGAGAGAGGCAAGCUGGACAUCAAUGCCCCCAACCCCAGCAGCUCCAGAGACCCUGGAGAAUGGUCCUUCCCCAGCCUCUGGCAGAAAGUACCUUGGGAGACUUGAGGAUGAUCCCUAGGAUUCUGGAGUUUUGGGAUACAAAGGAUCCAAGACCUGUUACACCCCCUCUGGAAGAAGAGAUCCUGGCAGCUUCUGAAGGGGUUCGAGCUGCUUCAGAAGUGAGUGGCACUGAAGCACAGCUUUUCCUGGCACCCCGACUGCCAGUGCUGGGCUGGAUGUUGAAAGGGAAAGUCCCUUCCACACAUCAUGCCAAUGAUGCCACGUGGAGCCAGUGGAUGGCUCUGAUCACACAGCAAGAUCACACAGAAAUCCCAGUUACUCAGGGAUCUUGGAAGUUGUCACAAACUGGCCUGAAGGUGAAAAUUUCAGACUAUCAUCAUCAUCAGAGGAGGAGCCACAUGCUGAGGAGGCCCCACCAUAUUAUCAGCUCCCAGAAAAUGAAAAACGUCACGCUCUCUUCACUGACGGUUCCUGAUAUGUUGUAGGGACAACACGUGGAUUGAGAUGCUAAGAUUAAAGUGUCUCGGGUGGAUCUGGACUGGCAACACUAGAAUGAAUUAUUUCUGGCUCAGUGGGCCCAGGACGCCUCAGGUCAUCAGGAAGAGAUGGAACAUUGGCUCAUGAUGGAGGGGUGGAUUUAACCAUAGACACCAUGUCCUGGGUUAUUCAUGACUGUGAAACGUGCUGAGAACAAGAAGGACAAGCAGGUAAAGUCUCUGUGGGAUGGGGGACGAUGGUGGAAAUACAGAUAUGGGGAGGCCUGGUAGAUGGAUCACAUCAUACCCUGUGUUUACAAUGGUGGGAACAAGCCCUGGACAGCCUCAUGGACCCCUGGGCCAGACAGCUCAGGAUGGAGUGGGUGUAUCAUAUUCCCCAUCAUGCACCAGCCACUGGGAAAGUUGAAUAGAACAAUGCACCAUUCAAAACCACCUUGAAAGCAUUGGGUGGUGGGACCUUGAAACAUUGGGAUCUCCAUUUAGCCAAGGCUACCUGGUCAGUUCACACCCGAGGCUCCACCAACUGAGCUGACCCUGCCCAUCAGAACCUCCCUGUACCAUCAGAGGGGAUAAAGUCCCCAUGGUGCACGUGAGGAACAUGUGAGGGAAGACAGUUUGGAUCAGUCCUGCCUCAAACAAAGGCAAACUCAACUGUGGGAUUGUUUUUGCUCAAGGAUCUGGGGGCACUUGCUGGGUGAUGCAGAGGGACAGGGAAACAUGGUGUGUACCUCAAGGGGAUUUGGUUUGGGGUGAGAACAGUCUGCGAUGUUCAAUUGUAUAAUACUGGUUGCUGAAUGACACUGCCACUGUAUCCCAGAACUCCCAUGGACAAUGAGGAUGGACUGCUCCAGAUACACCAGUCGUGAGCUCCUGAUGCAGCUUGAAACCAGCCCACAGCACCCCAACCCUGCCCUGGGAGACAUCCAGGGUGGAUAGAACCCACAGUCAUGGACUAAAUGAACUUAACAGACACCUCGGAGGGACAGCAUUGACUGGGGAAGUGAUUCCUGUGCUUCUGUGUGUGUAUCACUCGCCUCUCUUGUGCUCUCUGUUAUUAAUAUUGUUGCUGUUGCUGUUCCUUUUCUCAUCUUGCAGUUUCCAGUAAACAGUUCUUAUCUCAA